AUGGUUCGAUGCAAUUCAGAUAAUGUUACAUGUUCAAUUCCACAAACAAUUUGUGUUAGCGGUACACGAUGUCAACAACCUGUUUGCUAUCCAAUGCCAUUGGCUAAUAUUCAAAUAUGUCCUCCCUCAGCUCGUCCUACUAGUACAACAACAACUUCUAGAAUUCUGCUACAACAAGAACGACAACAAAGACUUCUACAACAAGAACGACAACAAAGACUUCUACAACAAGAACGACAACAAAGACUUCUACAACAAGAUCGACAACAAAGACUUCUACAACAAGAACGACAACAAAGACUUCUACAACAACCUCUACUACAAUACGAACGACAACAAAGACUUCUACAACAACUUCUACAACAAUUUCUACAACAACUCGUAAGAAUAAACCACACGGUUUUCCUUCUUAAACUUGAAAUUAGUGUCUCAAAGACUAGGUAUGCCUCCGUACAGAUGAGCUAUAUUCCAGUUGGACUUUGA